AAGAGGCGUCAUAGAAACAUGGCUUCCAGCUGGUCGGUCGCAAGUGAAGAGCUCUCCUGUCCCGUCUGCCAGGACACUUUUAAAGACCCUGUCCUUCUUCCUUGCAGCCACAGCUUCUGUCACGGCUGUGUGCAGAAAUGGUGGCGAACGAAGCGAGCCCGUCAUUGUCCCGUUUGCAAGACUCUGUCGUCUACUAAAAAACCACCUCGCAACCUGGUGUUGAAGAACCUGUGCGAGGCUUUUCUCCUGGAGAUGGAGUCCGGCACCGUCUGCCGCCUGCACACCGAGAAACUGAAGCUCUUCUGCGUGGACCACAGGACACCUGUGUGCGUCGUCUGUAGAGACUCUAAACUCCACAGGAACCACAGGUUUACACCCGUGGACGAAGCGGCACCGCUUUACAGAAACGGUCUCCAGAGAUGUCUGGAUCCUUUGCGGGCGAAAGUGAAACUCUUCAGUGAAGUGAAAGUAAACUGCGAGACAGCCGAUGAAGAAAUUAGAAAACAAGCUCGGGACACAGAGACGAAGAUUAGAGCGGAGUUCAAGGUGCUUCAGGAGUUUUUGCUGAAGGAGGAAGAGACCAGGGUUGCAGAACUGAAGAAAGAAGAGGAGCAUAAAAGAGGGGUGAUGAAGGACAAGAUUGCACUUUUAACUAGAGAGAUAGAGGCCAUGGAAAGUACCAUUAAAACCAUAGAGGACGGACUGAAAGAUGACGACACGUCUUUCCUAUUAAAAGCCAGUGCGUUAACGGAAGAAGCUCAGCGCCCCCUGCUGGAUGAACCAACACAGGCCGCGGGAGCCCUCAUCGACGUUGCCAAAUACCUGGGGAAUAUAAGUUUCAAGGUGUGGUGCAAAAUGAAGAAUAAAGUGACAUACACCCCUGUGAUCCUGAACCCCAACACCGCCCACAGAGAACUCCACCUCUCUGAAGAUUUGACCAGUGUAAGAUAUGGACCGAAGCAGCCUCUUGCGACGAUCCCAGAGAGGAUGGAGGAGCACCACUGCGUCCUGGGAUCCGAGGGCCUCCGCUCAGGGAGUCACAGCUGGGAUGUGGAGGUUGGAAACAAUCAAGUGUGGGGCCUGGGUGUGAUAGCACAGGAUGCCCACAGGACUGGGGACAUAAUGUCAGGGCUAUGGAUGGUGAGGUUUUGUUAUGGUAAAUUCACAGCAUUCUGCCCGUCAAGUCCCGUGUCCGUCCUCUCACUGAAGAGCAGGCUCCAGAGGGUCCGAGUACACCUGGACAGGAACAAAGGAGAGCUGUCCUUCUGGGAUCCAGAUACUAACGCGGUCAUACAUACCUUCACGCACACCUUCACCGACACCCUGUUUCCAUACAUCAACACCUGGAAUGACGUCCCGCUGAAGAUAUUACCAGUGAAAAUCUCUUUUACCGAUAACUGAGAAUGAUUCAGUGAAAAAAAAAGAAUCGCAUCACUCCAAUUUAUUUUUCUUAUUUUUAUCAAGUCGGAGAGCUUGUUUUUAUUUUGGUUGGGUCAUCAAUGCUACAACAAAAGUAAUUGGAUACUUUGGAGUGAAAGAAAACAAAUGAUGAUCACAAACACUGUAUAUGCAACAGAACACAAAAGAAAGAAGUUAAAUUUCCUCUAAGGGAAUAAAGGUUAUUGUAUGUUUGGA